ACGUAAUUCGGUAUGCGACAGCAUACACCGGAGCUGCGCCGAAAGUUGGGGUACGGGCACUGUUUUCAAACCCGACAAUGGUCAAAUCGGGGAAACUUCGAGCUGGAACGGGUUCAAAACUCAAACGAUGGAAGAAGGGACACAGUAGCGACUCGAACCCGCAGACGAGUCGUUUUCGGGAGGCUGCCAAAAGUCGCUUCUUCAGCCGACCCACCGGAAAGAGCGACCUAACGGUUGAUGCUCUUAAGCUACACAAUGAUCUGCAGGCAGGUCCCCUGGAGCUCGGUGGGCGUAAAGAUGCCUGUAUGGAAGAGGAGCCAGAUGAAGUGUUUUCAGAAAGGACCGCAGGCACCUUCCUCAGCGGGCUGUCGGACUGCUCAAACCUGACCUUCAGAAAGGUGCAGCGCUACUGGGAGUCCAAUUCAGCAUCUCACAAAGAGAUUUGCGCAGUGUUGGCAGCGGUUACUGAGGUGAUCCGUGGUCAAGGAGGGAAGGAGACGGAAACUGAGUACUUUGCUGCAUUGAUGACCACACUGGAAGUUGUUGACUCACCAGAGUCUCAGGCUGCUGUUGGGUACCUUCUCAACCUCGUCAUGAAACGUGUUCCCACUCCGGUGCUGAUGUCUAAGUUCUCGGACACCACCAAGGCUCUGAUGGACGUCAUGUCAAAACAGGCCAUGUUUGAGACUGCCUCUGCCCUCAGAUGGAUCCUGUCCUGCCUGGCCACUUUGCUGAGGAAGCAGGAUGCAUCAGUCUGGACUUACCCAUCUACUCUUCAGGCUUACCACGGACUUCUCAGCUUCACAGUGCACAGCAAGCCUAAGGUCCGUAAGGCAGCGCAGCAAGGAGUUUGCGCCAUUCUCAGAGGCAGCGACUUCCUCUUUACAGAUAAUGCUCCAACCCAUCACCCUGCUGCUGCCACCACAGCCAAGUUCUGCAUGAAAGAAAUGGAACAGGCAGGAGGCAGCAAAGAGGACACCACCACACUUCAUGUGCUCGGUCUUCUGAAGGAGUUAAUGGGGACAUUUCCUCUAGGAGCUGUCAAGUCCUGUUGUGAGACUCUGCUGCGGGUUAUGACUCUCAGCCAUGUGCUGGUGACCGCUAGUGCCAUGCAGGCCUUUCAUAGGCUCUUCAGUGGGAAGCCAAAUGCCUCAAACCUCUCACCAGAACUCACUGCCCAGAUAAUCACGGCUCUGUACGACUAUCUGCCCAGUGAGACUGAUUUGCAGCCUCUGCUGGCUUGGCUCGCUGUCAUGGAGAAAGCACACGUUUACUUGGCCAGUUCGCAGAGUUCUCUGAGUUUGGGUCACCUCCCUCGCCUCUUCUCUGCGGCCAUGUCCUGUCUGUUGUCGCCUCAUACGCAGGUGGUUGCAGCGGCCACAAGUACACUAAAGACAUUGAUAACUGAAUGUGUUGCCCCUCACAUGGAGGGAAUGGGAAUGAUCUCCGCCACAACCUCUGCAGGGAACCCAUCCUAUGUCUGCAAAAUGUUUCGUAUCGUAGAAGAAGGAUUGUCUUAUCGCUUCCACGCGUCCUGGCCAUUCGUGCUGCAGAUCCUGGGUUGCUUCUAUCGAGCAGCCGGGAAACGAGCUCACCCCCUUAUGGCCAAGUCCCUGCAGUCUCUGGCAGACCUGCGCUCCACCCCUCAUUUCCCCUUCAGCGGGGAGUUAGACCUGGCUGUAGGAGGAGCCGUAGAGAGCAUGGGGCCUGAGGUCGUGCUGAGUGCCGUGCCUCUCAACAUCACCGGCUACGAGGAUGAUUUGGAGUUCCCGCGCAGCUGGCUGGUCCCCGUCAUACGGGAUCACGUGAAGAACACUAACCUUAGUUUCUUUUCUUCUUACUUCCUCCCUCUGGCCUCUACACUCAAGCAGAGAGCCGAAGAAUUGGAUCAAGUGGGGCAGAAACUUGAGGCCAGAGUCUACAAGACAUUACAGAUGCAGAUUUGGACCAUGCUGCCGGGCUUUUGUACGUGUCCCUUGGACCUGCUGGCAUCCUUCAAAGGCAUUGCCCGCACACUCGGUAUGGUUAUUAACGAACGGCCGGACCUGAGGCUCACAGUGUGCCAGGCCCUGCGUACGAUCGUCACCAAGAGCAGCUCCACUGAGGAAGAAAAAGCUGAAGUGGGCCGCUUCUCCAAGAACUUCUUGCCCAUCCUCUUCAAUGUGUACGGUCAGCAGCCUGCAGCUGGAGAGGCCGGCACCUACAGGAUGGCUGUGCUAGACACCAUCAAGGUCUACCUAACCGUCUCCGACACACAGAUGAUCUGCACCUUCCUGCAAAAAGCCACGGACAGAUUGAACAGCACUGACACCAAUGAGUUCACACGGCUGUCAAUGAUGGACCUUGUAAUUGCCAUGGCUCCUUCUGUAGAUGAGGUCACCAUGACUAAAACCUUUGAGCUCAUCAAGCCAUAUUUGGAGACCAAAGAGCCAGCCAUGCAGAAGAAGGCGUACCGGGUGCUGGAGGAGCUGUGCGGAGGAGAGAGCGAUGAGUGCAGAUCAUUUGUCGUGACUAAUCUGGAAACACUCAAAGUCGUCCUGCUCGACACUCUGAAAAACGCCUCCUCCCCAGCAAAGAGGCCAAGACUGAAGUGUCUGAUCCACAUAGUGAAAAGCCUCAAUGAAGAACACAAAGACUUCAUAACAAUGCUGCUGCCAGAGGUGAUCAUAUGCACCAAGGAGGUGUCCGUAGGAGCACGUAAGAAUGCCUACAGUCUGCUGGUGGAGAUGGGAAACGCAUUUGUCCGCUUUUGUGGGAACACAAAAGAUGCCAUAGAUGAGUACUUUGCGUUGGUGUACGCGGGACUCACAGGCUCCGUCACUAUGAUCACAUGCACAGUUUUGGCGCUAACUCGACUGGUGUUUGAGUAUAAAGACGCUGUAGAUGUGACCACCAUGAAAGAGCUGCUGCACAACGUGUGUCUGCUGCUGACAUCUCGUACCAGAGAGAUAGUCAAGGCCGCUUUGGGCUUCAUCAAGGUCAUCCUCUUCAUCAUGGAGCCCAAGACGCUGGCAUCUCACGCCACUGUCAUGAUGGAGGGAGUCGGGAACAUCAAAGACGACGUGAGGAGGCACUUCAGAACCAAACUGAAGAACAUCUUUACCAAGUUCAUCCGAAAGUUUGGUUUUGAGUUGGUGAAAAGCAUGCUGCCUGUAGAGCACCACAAGGUCCUCGCAAACAUCCGCAAGGCCGAGGCUCGAACCAAGAGGAAGAGACAGGCCUCAGAGCAGCAGAACGACUCUGACAGUGAAGCUGAGGAACCUAAAACUAAGAGCCAAAAUAUUGAGGACAUCCUUGCAGAGACCGACAGUGAUAUGUCAGAGGAUGAAGGACAGCCUCGCAAUGCUCAGAAGAGAGCGGUCAAACCCCGGAAAGCUCGGGCCUGGCUCAAAGAAGGAGAGGAUGACGACCCGCUGAACUUCCUGGAUCCCAAGGUCUCCCAGAGAGUGCUAGCCACCAACCCAGCGAUGAAAAAGAGUGCCAAGGUUGAGCACGGCUUCAAGGUGACAUCGGACGGACGGCUGAUCAUCAGAGAGGAUGACGAGGAGGAUGCAAAGCACGAUGCUGAGGAGGAGAAGAAAGAUAUCCUAGAAGAGGCUGGAGUCAAGAGUAAAAGGUCACUGAAAAGGAAGUUCCAAGAUCACAACUCUGAUGACGACAUGAAUGUUCAACCCCAGCACAAAUACAAAGCUGGGGGCUCAGGUAUCCACAGGUCCUUUGCAGGAAGGGAAGACACGGGAACAGACUACAAGUCAAGGAAAGGAAAAGGAGACGUGAUGAAAAAGGGAAAGCACGAUCCGUAUGCUUACAUCCCUCUGAGGAAGGCCCAGCUCAAUCGAAGGAAGCGUGCCAAACUGCAGGGCCAGUUCAAGGGCAUGGUGAGAGGAGCCCAGAAGGGGGCGCUGUCUGGAAAGAAAAUGCAGAAGAAAAAGAGGAAAGCCUAAGGAACAUUCUGCUCUUCCUCAAUGGACUUUAAUUGCUUAUUUAGUGUGUGCGUGUUUGAGAGAUGGUAUGUUCGUUAACAUACUAAAAUGUAGACUUACACCUUGAACGUGUGGGAAUGUUUGACAGACCGUCGUUGACGGUGAAACCAGUUUGUUUUUAAACUGUUGCGUCUUUCAAACCUCAAGUCUCUGACGUCUGUGAAAGAGACCACUCAUCCGUCAUCUGUUCUGUAUCCGAUAAAAAUCCCCCCCCCAAGUAAAAAAACAGCGUUUUGACUGCUUUCAGGUGGCUGCUGCAGCCUUUGCUGUGUAUUUGAGUUGAACACUCAAGGUCCUUUUUAGUGGUUGCAAUGUCACACACUUUCUCUAAGCAACUGAACACACUGAAUGCAGAAACGUAACACGUGUAGGAACCUGGCUGUGCACCUGAGGCACAUUUCCCUGCACUGGUCAACUAUCUGCUUUGCAGCGCGUCGGCCACUGCAGGCAUUCAUCACCCGUUGAUUUUAGAGUUUGAACCGUGUUUUACGAUACGGCCCAUGGGUGCCCAGGCGGAGGAGAUGGCGCGCUGUGGGGCGUUUUUCAUUUAAUCGCACAAUACAGCAUUUGUUCUUGAGGACACACCUGGAGGAGAUCUGCACUCUACUUGUUAUUUAUUUUUUUGUUAAAAAGGGGCCUAUAGACCCCUGUGUUAAUGGCAGUGAAGAAAAGCUUAUAAAUGCUUUUAAGAUUAGUUUAAUACAAAUUAGUUGCUAUUUUUAUUCUGAACUGGUAGAGAAAAGAAAUAAAUAUUUAAGUCAUAAUGAGAACGCCAGUUA